AUGUCUGACGAUCCAAAUCAACCACCAAAGAAGGCUGUUGUGUAUGACGCCUCUCGUCUACUCUCACAUAAACCACCAUCCUCCACAUCCUCCUCAUCAUCAACAACACCAAAUACAUCAUCAACAUCAUCAACAACAACAAUAUCGGGAAAUAUUGGAUCAUCUUCUACAACAACAACAACAACAGGAGGUGGAAGGCUUCCAUCAAUUUUGGCCCCUAGGAAUAUUGAAAAACCAACACAACAUUUUAAAUCGAGUAGUGGUAUGACAUUUACACCAAAUUUGAAACCAAAGCAAAUUAAAACAGAAGAUUCAACCAAAACAGAUGGUAUUGAUUUGGAUGUUUUUAUGGGACAAGCAUCUAAUCAAACAGGUAAACGAAAACCACCUUAUAAUAAUACAAAGCCUAAUACUAAAGCCAUCAUGAAUAAGAAUACAUUUAAUUUAGUAACUGGUAUUGUACCAAUGCCAUCAUCAUCUUUUAUGGAAUUAGGAGGAUUAGAUUCUACACAAUCAUCAUCAUCCAGUGGUGCUAAUUUGAAAGCUAGUGGUUUUGGUGGUGAUGAAGAUGAUGACGACGAUGAUGAAAUGAUGAAAGAUUUAUUGAAGGAAAGAAAGAAUUUAUUUUCAGGUGUUAAACAAGCACCAAUUGUUUUACCUUUUAAUGAAGAAGCAUAUUUAAGAGCAGAAGCACAAAGACAAGCAACAACUGAUAGACAAGCAACAGAAGAUUCAAUUGAUGAAGUACAACAAAAUUUAUUCAAGAAUAAUAUUGAUUCUCUCAUGUCGGAAGAUAAAUUAUUCUUUAUUCAAUUACCUUCAAAGAUUCCAUAUAUGGAUGCAGCUGAAAGAAAGAGACAACAAGCUCAAGAAAAGAAAGUUGUUUCAACAAGUGUAGAUGAUGCAGAAAAUAUUUGGACUCAACCUUUCGAAAAUACAUUGGAUAAAGUUCCAAAUGGUCUCAUUGGAGAAAUGGUUGUUUAUAAGAGUGGUAAAGUUAAAUUGAAAUUAGGAGAUGUUUUAUUAGAUGUUUUUCCAGGUAGUGAAUUUAGUUUUCCUGAACAUGUUGCCUGUGUUGAUGCCACUGAUAAAGAGAAGGGACAAUGUCACAUUUUAGGUAAUAUUGCAAAGAGAUUUUCAUGUGUGCCCGAUGUAGAUUAUUUAUUAAGAAAGGAAGGAUCUAACAAUUAAUAAAUUUAUUAAUCUUUUU